AUGGAUGACAACGUUACAGUGCAUGAACUGCAGUCGUCGCCUCCUCGAGGGCUCCCUGUACGGCUGUCGGGGGUUCUAAGUGACUCCACGUUGUCGGCGCGAGGCGCGGUCUCAGGAGCGCUGAAGAUAGACCUCCCGCCGCCAUUCAAAGGUGAUGGCACUGAAUCUUUCUCCAGUUGGGCUCGUCGCUUUGAGGUUGCCGUUGAAGCUAUGAGUUCACCGGAUAUGGACUAUUCUGCUAUGAGAUCUGCUAUUCUACCUACUAGACUUUCUGAUGCUGCAUUUUUGCUCUGGGACAGUUUACCCUCAGCAACAAAGAAGGAUUAUGACACGGUCAAGGUGAAGCUGGGUGUUGUUUUUGGCCCAAAGUACUCCCUGCCCUUUUUCCAAACUCAUGUAAAUGCUCGUCCUCGUCAGCCCGGGGAGAGCUUGGAUGUUUACAGUGCAGAUAUAACCCGAUUGGUGUUGGAGGCUUUUCCGAGGUAUGACCACAAUGCCAUAGAGGGGGAGAAAUUUCGUCGUUUUGUGGCUGGUUUGGACCCGUCACUUCAGGCCAAAAUACAUGAGCAGGGAGCAGAGGACAUUGAAGAGGCCCUGCGUGUAGCAAGUCGCUGUGAGAGGGCACGUGUGGCUCUUCAGUUAAACUCUACGGAUCACGCAUGCAGGGUCACUGGGUCUGCUGACCAGGUGGCAAUGGUCAGGCCCAGACCCUCGGAGGAUAAGCUCCUUCAGGCAGUAGAACAGCUAACACUCACUGUUGAUGGUCUCAGACAGGAAGUUCACCAGUUACAUGAGAAACAUGGUCUUCUUGCGGACCGUUUCAGACAGAGGGGCUACUACUCCCCUGAGCGUUAUGGCAGAGAUAGUUCCCGGAGAUCCAGUCCUAGCCCCAAUGCACACCAGAGAUACAGGGAGCAGGACACUGACUGGAAAGGCCACUAUCCCUCCUCCCCCAGAUCAGGGACCUAUGCUAGAUAUGAGCGUACGGAUUAUCCUCGCAGUCCCAGCCCAGCGGCGAGGGGACGUAGGGAUCCCAGCCCACGUUCAAGACAAAGUGUGAGGUUUCAAUCCCCUGAGCGACAAGCACCACUCUCGCAGCCGGGAAACUUCCAUUAG